AUGUCGUCCGCCGAUGCAGCGGCAGUCCACGCCCUUACGGACCUCAUCACGUCCGGCUCUGGAUCCGCCCGCAAGGUCUUCCCCACCGAUGAUCAGAUCACCACUCUGCUUCACGCCCGAUCACGCGGCGAACAUCCGUACAUUCGGGUCGGAACGAGCGGGCGCGAAUAUGUAGUCAUGAACCCCCUGCGGCAAUUGGGGUGCAUGAAUGAUGAGAGCAGACAGCGGUAUACCGCCGCGGUGGAGGGGGACGAGGUGGACGAGGGGUUGCAGCCGAGCGUGUAUGAGCUGGCAGGAAGAGUGUGGUAUUUGAUGACGAGAAGAAGAGAGAGUCAAGCUGUGGUAUUACACGGCCUGAGCGGAUCUGGAAAAUCGACCACUUCGCACCACCUCACCACCCAAAUCCUGUCCCUCGCCUCCCCCUCCAAACCUCAAAAACGCAUCUCGGACCAGAUCACCUACCUCCACACCCUCCUAUCCUCAUUCGGCCACUCCAAAACCCAGCUCAACUCGUCGGCAUCGCAGCACGGUCUGUACUCGGAAUUGCACUUUGACAUGGACGGGCGUAUCACCGGUGCCAAGGCGAUGGCGUUUGGGCUGAACAAGAGUCGGGUCGGCGGGCGGCUACAGCACGAAGAACGGAGCUUCCAUAUCUUCUACCAGCUCUUGGCUGGUGCGAGCCCGGAAGAGCGAGACAGUCUGGGACUGGAAGAUCCGAGCGCGUACGCCAUGCUCGCCCAGAGCGGGUGCUACCGUCUUCCCGGCGGGCCAUUCUCGGACGACUCGACCCAGCUCUCGGAGCUCCGCGUCGCGCUGGCCAGUCUGGGCUUCAAGGCCAAGCACGUCCGCUCAAUCUUCACCGUCCUCGUUGCCAUCCUCACCCUCAGCAAUCUGGAAUUCACGGAUGACCGCGGACACGGCUCGCUGGGCAUGACAUCUCUGGACCAGCGGGCUCGCGUGACGGAUCGGCACGUCCUCGGGACAGCAGCGGCGCACCUCGGCGUACCCGCCGACGACCUCGAAGCGGUGCUCGUCAAUCGUACCCGCUGGGUCCGGAAAGAUCUCUGCUCCAUGUUUCUCGAUGCCCACGGGGCGGAACAACAGCGGGACACGCUCAUGCGCGAUCUCUACGCUAUCCUCUUUACAUUCGUCGUCGAGAUGGCCAACAAAAAACUCGUCGCGGCGGAUACGCCAGAUCUGCAGAUCGCCAUGCUGGAUCUUCCGGGACAUACCUCGCGGACCCUCACGGACGCGGGAACGUCAUCUCGGCCGGGCAGUAUGUUCCAGCCGCUUAUCAAUGCGACCGGCGAGAAUGGGUUUGACGAGUUUGGGACCAACUUUACCAAUGAGGUCCUCCAUUCUUAUCUUCUUCAGCGGGCGUUUGAGGACGGGUCGGCGGAAAGUCUUGGGAUGGCGGAGGAUGGGAUACGGCUGCCGGCGGUAGUGACGAUGGACAACUCGUCGGCGCUGGAUUUGCUUCGAGGGGGACCUCUGGGCCAGAAGAGGCUAGCGGUGGAGCCGGCGGGCAUGGCCGCUGCGCUCGGUCACAUCUCGGAGGAGUUCAAAGGGGACGAUGAGCGGCUCGAUGAAAAGGACGAGAAGGUGCUUUCGCGUUUGACGCGGUCGUUCGGUCGGCACCCAUCCUACAUAGUCUCGCCCGGACUCGGCGCUGGACCCCUCUCGGACCGUCACACCUUUGCUAUCAACCACUACUCUGGCGCGUGCUCGUACGACGUCGCAGACUUUGCGGAGCGGAACCUCGACGUGCUGGAUAAACAGCUCGUCGAUCUGCUCCGGGGAAGCGCUGAGGGGUUUAUCGCCAAGCUCGUCUCGGGCCCCGGACUGGCGGUGGAGGGCCACCCGCUCGACGCCAAUAUCACCGUUGAGGCGCAGGUCUCAUCCACCCCUCUUCGACUUCCCAGCCGGGUCGUCAACCCCCGCAUCGGCUCUUCGGUACGGUCAGAAGAAACCCAGUGGCCUAUCGACGUCACUGUCCCCCAGGCGGUCGCUUCCCAGCUCAACGCCACCAUCUCCACCCUCACAUCCCACCUCGACCAGUUCCGCCUCUGGACGGUCUACUGUCUCCGGCCGAGCGAUACCGGCCAUGCCAACGCGUUCGACAAACGCCGCGUCAAGGCCCAGGUCAGGUCAUUGUUGAUUCCCGACCUGAUCAAUCGGCGGCAGGUCGACUGGGUCGCGGACUAUGCCUUUGGCGAGUUUUGCCUCCGGCAUGAAUUGCGGGUGGAGCAGGGCGGGGAGGAAGAUGCGAUCGAGGACUUUGCGCGGGCGCGGGGAUGGACGAGAGGGAGGGAGUAUGAGAUGGGGAGGGAGAGGGUCUGGUUUGCGUGGAAUGCGUGGAAAGUCCAGGAAGAUGAGAUUAGGGGUGGAGAAACGCGGAGGGGGUCCGAAGAGAAGAUGACGGAUGAUGGAAGUGGAGAGGAAAAGGAAAGGCUCGUACCUGCGCUCAAUCGCACCGAGACCAAGGGGGACUACUCGCCUACCUCGGCAACGGUUGCUCUUCCUUACGGACACGGACCGGGCCUCGGACACGGGAUGGGCGGGUACCAGGACAAUCCGGACUUUAACAACUCGGCGAUCUGGUCGGAUGUCGGCGGGGCGGGCGGCAAGUUUGAGCCGGAUUCUCGGUCGCCGUACGAAAAGGUCCGGUCGGAGGAGGCGAUCAAUCACUAUGAUCCCUCCUCCAAGGGUCUGGGCGACAAGAACCUGGCGCCCGUCGAGUUCAAUGUCAAGGACAAGAAGAAGCACAAGGCGACCGAAGUCAUCGCUACGACCCGAAGCAGGCGGUGGUGGAUCCGCAUCACAUGGGCGUUGACGUGGUGGAUCCCCUCGUUUUUGCUCUCGAGUAUCGGCCGGAUGAAGCGCCCGGACGUGCGCAUGGCAUGGCGAGAAAAGGUCGCCAUCUUUAUGAUGGUCUUUCUCGCUUGCGGGGUGGUCUUGUUUUACAUUAUUGGGUUUGGGAAAAUUCUUUGUCCGGAUGGUGACAAGGCGUGGAACCCGACCGAUCUGGCUCAGCAUCAGGGAAGGGCGGAUUACUAUGCUGCCAUCCAGGGCAAGGUGUACGAUUUUACAAACUUUUAUAAAGGCCAGCAUAGCGAUUUGACGUCGUUCCCGACUACCGCGGACAUUAUGCUCCAAUUCGCCGGUCAAGACCUCACCAACUACUUCCCCCCACCCAUGACCCAGGCAUGUCCCGGUCUCGUCAUCAGCAACCAGCUCGAAUUGCGCCGAGCCAACUUUACGCCCAUUCUCGACUAUGCGAUCCACCGGAGCGGCGCCCUUCAGACGGAGAAGGGCACCAAGCUGGACGAUACCAACUGGUACUACAAUCGCCUGGUGCCGGAUCUGAAGCAGUACUACAAGGGGGCGUUCGUGUAUGGGAAGAAUUACGUUGCGAACGAAGCCGAGGGGGCUGAUGUCAGACAAUGGGGAAUCUACAAGGACAAGGUGUAUGAUCUCUCUGACUACCUCUUUACGGUCCAGUACUACGCCACGUCGUCCGGUACCGACCUCCCCAACUACAAGUUUUUGGACGAAUCGCUCUCGGGGUUGUUCCAGACCAAUGCGGGCCAGGACCUCACCAAGCAAAUCGACAGCGUCAUGGCCAAGAUGUCAGAGGAGAAGGCUAGUCAGACAUGGACGUGUCUCGACAAUGCGUUCUAUGCGGGUCAGACCGACUUUAGGGAGAGCGCCAAGUGUCUAGUUCAGAAUUAUCUUUUGCUCGCGCUGAGUAUCAUCCUGUGUACCGUCAUCCUGGUGAAAUUCCUGGCUGCGCUUCAACUCGGUCAUAAACGCCACCCCGAGAUAUUCGACAAAUUCGUCAUUUGCCAAGUUCCCUGUUAUACCGAAGGCGAGGAAUCUCUCAAGCGGACGGUCGACUCGCUCGCGAUUCUCAACUAUGACGACAAGCGCAAGCUCAUCUUUAUCAUUUGCGAUGGCAAUAUCAUCGGUUCUGGUAACAAUCGACCUACACCCCGGAUCGUCCUCGAUAUCCUCGGGGUGGAUCCUGCGCUGGACCCGGAGCCAUUGCUCUUCAAGAGUAUUGGCGAAGGGAGCAAGCAGCUGAAUUAUGGAAAGGUCUAUUCGGGGCUGUAUGAGCAUGAAGGACACGUCGUACCGUACAUCGUAGUGGUCAAGGUCGGCAAACCUACCGAAACCAACAAGCCUGGGAACAGGGGCAAGCGGGACUCGCAAGUCUUGCUUUUGCAAUACCUCAACCGGGUCCACUUUGAAGCGCCGAUGAGCCCGCUCGAGCUGGAGAUCUAUCACCAGAUGCGGAACGUCAUUGGGAUCGACCCGGCGUUCUACGAGUAUAUCUUCCAGGUGGAUGCGGAUACUACUGUCGAGCCCGACUCGCUGAACCGGAUGAUUGCGUGCACGUCGGAUGAUUCGGAGAUUAUUGGGAUUUGCGGAGAGACCAAGUUGGAGAAUGAGCGAGAAUCGUUGACGACCAUGAUCCAGGUAUACGAAUACUUUAUCUCUCAUCAUCUCACCAAAGCCUUUGAAUCCCUCUUUGGAUCAGUCACCUGUCUUCCCGGUUGUUUCUCGGUAUAUAGGAUCCGAACCGCCGACAAGGGCCGACCCAUCAUCAUCUCCUCGGUCGUCAUUGACGAAUACGCCGAGCCCAACGUCGACACCCUCCACAAGAAGAAUCUCUUCUCGCUCGGCGAAGAUCGAUACCUCACCACGCUCAUGAUGAAGCAUUUCCCGACGUACAAGAUGAAGUUCACGCCGGACGCUAUCGCGCGCACGGUCGCGCCCAGCCGGUGGAACGUGUUGCUCAGUCAACGGCGGCGAUGGAUCAACUCGACGGUGCAUAAUUUGGUGGAGCUUAUUGCGCUGCCGGAACUGUGCGGGUUCUGCUGCUUUUCGCUCAGAUUUGUCGUCUUUAUCGAUCUCCUCGGGACUAUUAUCUUGCCUGCGACCUGCGUGUAUCUGGUGUAUCUGAUUGUUAUCGUCUCGAUUGGAAAGGCGGCUAUCCCGACUAUUUCGCUAGCGAUGAUUGGAGCGGUGUACGGAUUGCAAGCCAUCAUCUUCAUCCUCAAGCGGGAGUUCAUGCUUAUCGGCUGGAUGUUCCUCUACAUCUUGGCCUUCCCCAUCUACUCGGUCUACCUGCCCCUUUACUCCUUCUGGUCAAUGGACGACUUUUCCUGGGGAAACACCCGCCAGGUCGUUGGCGAGGGCAACAACAAGACGGUGGUGUAUGAUGAUGACGAGGGAUUCUCGGACGAUAUGAUCCCCUACCGCAGCUUCAAGGACUACGAAGCCAACGCGUGGGAAACGCAAUCCCUUCACUCGGAAAAGAGUCGGCAUACCGAAAUGUCUGGCGCCCGGUCCCAUGCCAACUCCUUCCGCCCUCCUCGCUUCAUUCACUCCCGCAACCCCUCUGCCCACUCCAGCUCGACCGAUCUACCCCAAGGCGGCGACUACUGGCGCGAUUCUUCCCCUCUCGGACCCGCCCACUCGUCUCGCAACCUGCGCACCAUGCCUUCCCAAUCCUCCCUCCUCUCCGGCCCGAACCGCGGACUCGGCGCUCCCCAGCCACCCUACAUGAACGGCGGCCAUCGCAUGGGGAUGCCGAUGAACCCGUUCGACUCGCCCAUGAUGGCACCGGUAUCAGAUGGGGGUCGGCAGUCGGGAUUCUACCCGCAGUACCCGGCUGUACCUGGGAUGAUGGGGAUGGGCGCGCCGCGAGGAAGCGUCAUGACGAAUCUGGGAGGGUAUGGGAUGAUGGGUCAAGGAGGACCGGGAGGCGGCGCGUCAGGGAUGCCAAGGGGCGUAUCGGCGUACUCGCUAGCUACGACGACGCAGAACCACCCGCUCGCGCCCCCGCCGCAGGUCAACCAGGCGAGCAACCCGGAGGAUGAGGAGGUGGUCGGCGUGUUGAGGAGGUAUCUUGCAACUCAGGAUUUGAUGAGCGUGACGAAACGACAAACGAGAGAAGCUCUGUAUGGACUGUUCCCUAAUGCCAACCUUCCAACACGAGCCGCAUGGGUCAAUGAGAAUAUCGACAAGAUCCUUAGUGAAUAG